AUGGAAGGAGACACCUAUGGCUUUCUUGCGGUGGAGGAUGAACAUGCCUCUAACAGCUCCCUCGGAGACGCAGUGCCUACAUGCGCAUUGGAUGCGAGUGAUGAAUGUAUGAAGUCCCCUGACGGGGGGACUGUUGCCUGGCUGGACGAAUUUAGGGAUGAAUCUUGCAGGGCGGUUCAGUACUCGAACACGUCGGCAAUUCCCCGCCCGAUUCGUGCAGCCUUCAACGUGUGCGUGGUCAAGAGUGGGCUCAGCAAGGCCAUCCCGGAUGCAAUUACGCAAAGUAGAAAGGCCCAUGUAGACAGAUUUCACAAAAUCGUGAGCUCGUCGGUGACUCAAGACAUACCCUUGGACGACGAUGAGACAGGGCAGGGAGAGCCUGAAAGUCAAGGCUUUGCUUCCAUUGUUGCCAAUGACGCGACCUUUUGGGAGCCCGAAGAACCGAUCCACUACGGAUACGGACGCUCUCUGCAGCAGCUAGCUGCACCCGUUCCAGACUCACCUUCUUCGUUUGAGACAAAUUUGCCUCCAUCAGUUCGGUUGGGCGUCUCCUAUUUCGAGUCGAUGCCCUUCUGCCUUCUGCCUUUAGUCGUGGGCCUUGGGAUAGCGACUGUGCAGCUGCUUCUGUUGCCUUCGGAUCUUUUUCAAGUCGACAAAGCGUUGUGUGGCCGAAGUGGAGAGAUGGCAGUCGAACGGCGCCAGCACAGCGUCAUCGGAUACUCAGUACCGAGGCAGCGUUCGGAAGCUGGUGCCGCGAAGUUCUUGUUUGGGUAUCCAGCCUUGACUAGGCGGUUGCAGCAAGACGAUGCGGAUUCAAACGAAGAUGAAAUUGCUCCCAAGAGGACGGGUUUCCUUGGCGCUGUUCCGGCUUUAGCGUACUUCAGAAGCCUCCUCAUGGCUCUGGACCCCGAGAGCGAGAAUUCCCUGGCUAGACAACUUCGUAUGACAACAGAAGUCGCUGCGCGGAUCAGCCGGAAGGUUGCUGAGAUGAAGAUGAAUCUGCAGACACUGAAGAAGGGGCAGCACUUGACUUGCGUCUUGCAUCGCUGCGAUGCAUUAGAGGCAGACGGGUUUCUCUUGGUCUCCUUUGGCUUGCAGACUUUGCACCGGCCGGAGAACAGUGGAAUGGAAGUGAUUGGGGAGUCUGCAGAAUACGGAGAGGCGACGCAUCAUCUCUCUCCCGUGUCUGUUGCUGCUCCAUCGCUGCUGAGUUCUUGGGAGACAGCCAUUCAUCUGCUGCCCUCCACCUUCUUCGCCAUUGCCGAAUCCUCUGAACAACUCGCAGCAGAAAUAGAAGCCUCUCUGCAGCAGACCAAUGACCUGCUCCAUGUGAAGGACCUGCAGUGGGCAAAGGAAACCCUCGGCCAAGCACUAGACUCCGCACAGCCAACCGUUAAGAAAAUCCCCAAACUCGGCACUCCUCUCUUCUGGAGCUCUAUAGUGACAUUGAGCCUGAUGGGCGUCUUGGUGCUGCUGACCUCCUUGUACUUGUGCUGCCUGUGCUGCUGUCAUCGCGAAGCGCUCGUAGACCGCAAGGCCACAAGCUGCGGCUGUUCAUUUCUGCUGCUACUCGUAUCGGCUGCAGCGCUUGUGGCGAGUGGGGGGCUGUUGGUGGGGUCUGCAAUGCUGACUGACGGGUGCCUGUACACUGAAAGCUAUCUCAAGGACGACAAAGAUGUGGAUCGUCUUUUGCAGUACUUCCAGCAGUUGACUUCAGUGGGGGGUUCUUCUGCGGAGAGGUCUCUGCAGACCUCCAGCAGCGCUGCAGCCAAAGUGCUGGCGGCCUGCCUGCUGCCGAACCAGGAGCGCGACUUAGUGCGGGUAUUCAACAUAGAUAGCGCAUCAGCUGAACACAGGCGGCUGAAUACACCCAAAGCGUUUCCUGUUGCAUGCGCCGCAGCACUGGUGAAGGCAGGAGUCCGGAUGAGAGAAGCGGGGAGAACUGCUGUGGAGAAAGAGGCCUUGGCCGCCCGUUUGCUGUCUUUACAGCUGCAAGACGCAGCUGCGGAGCUGCAGCUGCUAAAAGAAACGCACUGGCUGCUGCUCAUAGACCCAAUGUCGUUGGAACGGGAGGAUUUGGAUGAGAGACUGGACACGUACAAAGAAGUCCUCUGCAGCGGCGUUCAAGACAAACAGCGGGAGCUUAAGGCCAGCUAUCUGGGCCUCUCCCCUGCAUCAAAAUCAGCAGCAGCAGCAGGCGAAGAGCAGGAGGUGUUUCCACCUAGCAGACUGGAGAUGUUUUCUCUGCUACAUCGAGGAGGGAAGCAGCCAUCUGAUGAACUUGCAGCACUCUUGCACCAGCUAAACGCCGACCCCCUGGCAGCAGACAGGCUGUCUGCAUCCUUUCAGGAUGCGAUUCGCGAAAUGGAGGCCAGCAGCAGCAGUAGCAGCAGGAACAGGUGGGAGCGAGCGAUGAAGCCGAUGAUAGAAGGUGUAGUAGGGGAGUUGAUGCGGCUGGCUGCAGACAAGUCAGAAGCUGAGAAGACGCAGCUGCUGCAUGCGGUGGUCCGGCUGGCCGGACAGGCCCACGCAGAGGUGCAAGGGGAUAGGGAAGCAGCAGGGAGCAGCAGCAGCGCAGCAGCAGUUGAAAGAAGGAAGCGGCGGCGGCAUCAGCACGAAAAGCUCCUCGAGCUGCUGCAAGACACCUGCAUGCAGACAGGCGCCAGGACAGCAUCAGGCGGUGUGGAGCCCGCAGAGCGACUUGUGGUGUACGGCUUGGAGGAUGUAGAGGAAAUGGUAGCACCCUUUACCCUGUCUUCUCUCCACAGCAGCAGUAGCAGCAGGAGAGAGGAUGAGCGGCUAUUGAUUGACGCUUCCUCAGAUGCGGAUUCAGCUUACGUGUUGGAGGUUGCAGCAGCAAAAGGGUCUGUAGAGGAACAGCGUCAGUUUGCAAAUGCUAUUUGGUGGGCGGCUAAGAAGGAGGCGCUGCGAGCAGAAACAAACAAAUCUUUUCGGUGUCCUCCCAGCAAACAAGAAGAAGGAAACGAACAAGAAGAAAACGGGACCCCGUGCAACUGGGAACAACUCCAGGAAACCACGCAGCAGCUUCUCUACAAAAUGCAGAAACAGGUAGACAAAACAAAUAUAAGAGACAAUACAAAUAUAAACAAAACAGCAUAA